UGUGUCUGGAAGACAUAUACGUGUUUGUUGUACGUCAUUGUAAAUUAUUUUUGUUUGAUGUUAACGUCGUUGUAAAUUGUAAAUUUGUAUCAAGACCAUUUUCUUCAAAUUUUAAAUAUUAACACAGCUGACUUCUUCUUCUUCUACUUCGUCCUCAAGCAAUCGAUUGCAAUGGCCAGAGAAAGAGAAGUGGACCGCGUAAAGUUUCUCAUCAAACUGCUUUUCUUCUUCUUCUUCUUCUUCUUCUUCUUCUUCUUCUUCUUCUUCAUACCAUUUUAUAUUCACUUUCUCACCUCUAACAUUCCCUCAAAUCCACAGCUACAGAAUCUCUCACCACUCACCAUUUCCUUCAUUCAUUCACUUCCCAUAUUCUUGUUAUUACGAGAGAAUCCGAUCUGGGUUUCGUUUCAUUUAUCACUUGAUUCAGAUACACAUCGAAGUGUGGUCAGAAAAGGGGCAUGUGGGGAAAAUAGUGAAGUGAACUGAGAAAUGUGGAAACGUUCUAUGAAAUGGCUGAUUGUGUGUGUUUAUUCAGAAAUUGAAAGAAAUUGAGAGGGGUUUUUCCUGUUUUGAGUUUGAGAAAGGUUUGCUGAUUUUGUAGUAAUUAUGGCUGGUAGUGGUGGAGAAGAUUGGGUUUAUGUGGCUGUGGGAAAUGAUAUAAACGAGUGUAAAAUGAAUUUGGUUUAUGCUAUAAAGCACUCAGGUGGGAGGAGGAUUUGCAUCCUUCAUGUUCAUGAGCCAGCAAAGUCUAUUCCAAUCUUGGGAACAAAAUUUUUGGCAAGUUCUAUGGAAGAAGAGGAAGUAAAUGCAUAUCGCGAACUUGAGAGGCAGGAUGCUAAUAAGAUUCUCGAUGUAUUUCUUCUCCUCUGUCACCAAGCUGGGGCUCAGGCAGAGAAACUUUAUUUUGAGUCCGACAAAAUUAAGAAGGGAAUUGUCGAACUUGUCUCGCUUCAUGGAAUUAGAAGCCUUGUUAUGGGUGCAGCAGCAGACAAGUAUUACUCAAGAAAAAUGACAAAAAUCAGGUCGAGGAAAGCUAUGUAUGUUCACCUGAACGCAGCAGCUUCCUGUCAAAUUCAGUUUGUUUGCAAAGGGCAGUUGAUUCGUAUUAGGGAAGCUUGUCCACAGGAAGCUCAUGCAGAUAUCUCACCAUCAUCACCUCAGUCACAGAACAUCAACGGGGUAAGUUGGAGAACAGAUCAGUUUGGCCAAUUUAAUGGGAGAAUAAGCAACAGUCCAUCAAUUGUCAUGGAAAGGCUUACGAUUUCAGAGACCAUUUCAAAUGCUAGUGGGACUUGGAGCCCUUUUGAACGUUCAUAUGCAACAAGUCCUUCUAGUGGGUGUACGGAUGUUGCAUCUUCCAGGUCUGAGGAAGAUUCCUAUGGACUAGGAUUAAGUUCUCCUCUUCGGUUGACAAAUUUUGCUCCCAACACUUCUCCUCACUUGUCGGGAUUCCAGCAAGAUGGAAAUGCUAAUGAUAGUCUUUAUAUUCAACUUGAAAAGGCGAUAACUGAUGCAGCAAACGCCAGGCGAGAAGCCUUUAGAGAGGCAUUGAAGCGAGCAAAAGCUGAAAAAGAACUUGACGAAUCUAUUUGCUGGGCUAAAGUUUCUGAAACCUUGUAUGCUGAAGAGUCAAGGGGAAGGAAAGACGCUGAAGAAGCACUGUCAAAAGAAAGAGAAGAACUUGACAAUGUGAAAAACCAAGUAAAUGAAAUGAUGAAGGAUCUCCAAAUUGCCCGAAACAACGAAUUAAAAUUAGAGAACCAAAUUGCACAAUCUGAUGAGAUGGUGAAGGAGUUGGAGCAGAAGAUCCUCUCAGCCAUACAACUGCUGCAUAAUUAUAAAAAUGAUCGAGAUGAGUUGCUGAAGCAACGAGAUGAAGCACUCCAAGAAUUGGAUGACAUAAGGAAAAGACAAGUAGAGGCCAGAUCUCAACGUAGUGCUCAACUAAUCUCUGAAUUCUCAUUCUCAGAAAUUGUAGAAGCGACCCGGAAAUUUGUUCCCUCCCUUAAGAUUGUAGAGGGUGAAAAUGGAAGCAUGUAUAAAGGCCUGCUGUAUAACACUGAGGUUUCCAUAAAAAUGCUCUGUUCUCAUAACUUGCAGAAUCCAGUAGAGUUUCAACGUGAGGUCGAUGCGUUGAGUAAGCUUAGACAUCCCAAUCUUGCCACGCUUAUUGGAGUCUGUCCCGAGGCUUGUAUUCUUGUUUAUGACUAUUUUCCUAAUGGAAAUUUAGAAGAUAGGCUAGCUUGCAAGGACAAUUCUUCUCCGUUAUCAUGGAAAACUCGGAUACUUAUUGCUACAGACUUAUGCUCAGCUCUUAUAUUUAUUCAUUCGAAUAAAAUUUGCAAGAUUGUUCACGGUGACAUGAAGCCUUCCAAUGUACUAUUGGAUGCAAAUUAUGUUCCUAAACUUGCAGGAUUUGGAAUUUGUCAUUUUUUGACUCAUGAUGAAAAGUCGAGUUACAAUGAGAAUUUAUCUGUUGGACAUGAUGCGAUGGGCAAUCAUGAAUUCCCCCUCACAACAGCAUUCGACGUUUAUUCAUUUGGCAUGGUAUUGCUAAGUUUGUUAACUGGACAAUCAUACUUGAGGAUGGAAGAAGAUGUCCAGAUCGCCAUAAAGAAACGAAAAUUGAAAGAUGUAUUGGAUCCACGAGCAGGGGACUGGCCGUUCGUGCAGGCUGAACAGCUAGCCCAGCUGGCACUGAGGUGUUGCAAUACAGAUAGUACGUACAGGCCAGACCUUAUGUCUGAUGCGUGGAGAGUACUUGAGCCAAUGAGGGCUUCUUGUGGAGGUUCACUAUCAGUUUGCCUAAGCUUUGGGGACCAGCAAGUGCAACCUCCUCCUUAUUUCAUAUGUCCUAUUUUUCAGGAAGUCAUGGAGGAUCCUCAUGUAGCAGCUGACGGGUUUACCUACGAGGCAGAAGCUUUGAGAGGAUGGUUGGACAGUGGGCACGACACUUCACCGAUGACGAACCUAAGGCUCGAUCACCAAAACCUCGUUCCCAACCGUGCUCUUCGUUCUGUAAUUCAAGAAUGGUUGCAACAGCACCAGUAAGUCCAUUAAUUCAGUUUGAUGCUCUACAUAAUUAAUGUUUGCCAUUCCAAAAGUAGGGGGAAAAGAAAAGGAAAAUAUAGAAAGAGAGAUAUAUGAAAAGGGAAACAAUAGAGAAAUGUAAAGAGAUAAGAUAUAGAAAAAGAAAUUAACUAUUUGAAUAAUCUGUUUCUUUUUUGUUUGUGGUGGGUUCUUAAAGUUUAGAGGAUGAAUCUGCUACCAUCCUUUUGCUAUUGGGUAGGAGUAAUAUGGAAAAGCAAGUCCAUCCAAUUCCAUCUUAUUGUACAUGAAAGUGUGAAUGUAUUAUACAUGUCUGUUUCUUAUAUUUGAUUUGAUUACUUAAUAUACAUCAGUUCAAGCAAGUUGUCCAUUAGACAACACAAUUGCAUUCUCAAUUA